CGCAGUCGCUCGGACCAAAACAGGAACUAAGACAUGGCAUCCGUCUUCGGUGGAGUAGAAGGUGGAGGGACCCACUCCAAAGCAGUGUUGCUGUCUUCAGAUGGAAAGCUCCUGGUCGAGACAACUGGACCGUCCACCAACCACUGGUUGGUUGGGGUGGACAAAUGUAUCGAAACCAUCAACGAGAUGGUCCAGAGAGCCAAGGUCGAGGCAGGACUGGAUCCAAACACACCGCUGUGCUCACUGGGCAUGUCUCUGAGUGGAGGGGAGAAGCAGGAUGCCAACGACAGACUGAUGGCUCACAUGAAGGAACGCUUCCCCAGCCUCAGCGAGCACUACUUCAUCACCACCGACGCCAUCGGAGCCAUGGCAACGGCCAGCGACCGUGGGGGUGUAGUCCUGAUAUCAGGAACUGGCUCUAACUGCAAGUUAGUCAAUCCUGAUGGCUCACAGAUCGGCUGUGGAGGCUGGGGUCACAUGAUGGGCGACGAAGGAGCAGCAUUCUGGAUUGCACAUUCGGCUGUGAAGACGGUGUUUGAUGCCAGUGACAAACUGGUUGAGCCUCCUCACGACAUUACACAUGUUAGAAAAGCCAUGGAGGAGUACUUCCAGGUGUCAGAUCUCAUGGGCAUGCUGCCACACCUCUACAGAAACUUCCAGAAGCCCCACUUUGCAGGUUUCUGCAAGAUACUGGCCGAAGGUGCACAAGCAGGGGAUGCUCUCUGUCAGUAUGUGUUCAUUCAGGCUGGGAGAGUCCUGGCAAAACAUGUAGAAGCAAUUUUACCCGCAACACAGGAGCCUUUAUUGAGCGGUGCCCUCGGCCUACCCAUCCUGUGUGUGGGCUCAGUGUGGAAAAGCUGGGAGCUCCUGAAGCCAGGCUUCACUGAGGUCCUGAAUACAGUAGCAUCAUCUGACAAGUUCAAGGGCCGUUUCCGUGGCUACAGCCUCCUGAUUUUGCAGCAGUCGUCAGCCGUCGGAGGCGCCAGUCUUGCGGCUCAGAGUUUAAGUGCCACUUUAACUAUGGAUUAUGCAGCCAAUGCCAAGGUCUUCUACCAACACACCUUCAGCAGCAGCUAAUGAGAAGACAGCUGAGGAAGAUGUACUGGCCAGUUUGCAAUUAUUGUCAUAUUUGUAUCAUGACGACUAUGACCAAACAACAAGCUUGUAAGAAAAUAUUGCACAUAAUUUCACUACAGGAUACCAAAACAGUAGUUGAAAAUAUUCCAGAAGUCAGUGGUUUGGCUUUAACAGCUGUGUGACAGAUAUCCAAACUUUUAUUUUACUGUUAAAGCAUUUUUAUUUUAUUUUUUGCACUUUUAAACACUAGUUCACAUUCAUGAUUGACAAUAAAAGCACUGUGAAAUGAAAUAUUCUCUGACCCUCAAAAAAUUCCAAUGAAGUGGAGAUCCAUUAACUAACUUUAUGUUUACAAAUUUAGAAAUUAGUACAUUCAAGGGCAAGUUUUGUAAGUCUUCACAGAUUGUUAAAAGUACUUUGUUGUUUGCUUGUAAAUUGCACCAUUAGAAUAAAUUUCAUCAGAGGGUUUGUUGUUGUUUACUGAUAAGGCAAUAAACAUUUCCCCCCAUGGAUCCACAGGCA